AUGUUAGGCGAAGAAGAGAAAAACCGGCUCGCCGGAAAUACCCGGAAAACGUAUUUGCGGUCGGUGUCGUGGUCUGACCGCUCACCCUCUAAACCUAACAAUCCAUAUCCAAGGCCACAGCUGAAUAGUAAAGCGAGGUCUUGCCUACCUCCACUUCAGCCCCUUUCAAUAGCUAGGAACACCGUUCAGGAGUGGCCAAGGGCGGGUUCUGAUGAUCUUGGGGUAUGGCCUCAACCCCAAACCCCAAGAGGAUCAGUUAAACCCCUUCCGAAUUUGAACCCAGAACAACCUGGGAGAGAAUUUGAGUGUAAGAAGGAUAAGCUUGCUUUUUUCGAUAAAGAAUGCUCGAGAAUUGCUGAUCAUAUAUACUUAGGAAGUGAUGCGGUGGCUAAGAACCGUGAGGUUCUGAGGAAGAACGGGAUCACCCACGUGCUCAACUGUGUUGGGUUUGUUUCUCCUGAGUAUUUCAAGAAUGAUCUUGUGUACAAGACACUUUGGUUGAAAGAUAGCCCGUCGGAGGACAUUACAAGUAUACUCUAUGAUGUGUUUGAUUAUUUUGAAGAUGUUCGAAAGCAAGGUGGGCGAGUUCUUGUGCAUUGUUGUCAGGGAGUGUCUCGGUCAACUUCUCUGGUCAUUGCAUACCUCAUGUGGAGAGAGGGCCAGAGCUUUGAAGAUGCAUUUCAGUACGUGAAGGCUGCUCGAGGGGUGACUAACCCAAAUAUGGGUUUUGCUUGUCAACUCCUGCAGUGCCAGAAGAGGGUACAUGCUGUGCCUGCAAGCCCAAAUUCCAUGUUAAGGAUGUACCGGAUGGCCCCGCAUUCAUCAUAUGAUCCUCUUCAUCUCGUGCCAAAGACGUUAGGCCAUCCAGGUGCACAAGGACUUGACUCUCGUGGAGCAUUCGUUGUGCAUGUUCCAUCGGCUUUAUAUGUCUGGAUUGGAAAGGAUUGCAACACAAUGAUGUCAGAUAAUGCAAGGGCAGCUGCCUUUCAGGUCAUCCAGUAUGAGAGGGCAAAGGGUCCGAUUGUGGACAUCAAUGAAGGUGAAGAACCUUUGGAAUUUUGGGACGCUCUUUCCAGUGGGGUCUUAGCAGAAGAUCACAGCAAGGCAGAUGUGAAAAAGGUUGUUGAAUAUGAUUUGGAUUUCGAAAUUUUCCAUAAGGCAAUUGCAGGAGGGGUUGUCCCACCGUUUUCAGUAUCUAAUACUGAAUCAGAAACUUGCCUUCCAGCCAGAGAAAAUGGAUGGGGUAGAUUGCGGCAAAAGUUUGCUAGCGGCAUUAUGAAAGAUUUGGUCACGUCUUCUGAGCUGAACUGUAACACUAGCCCAUCCAGUGAUGAGUCGGAUAUGGUUAUGGAAACUCAUAAAGAAGCAGAAGACCCUGUUUCUCUGGUUGAGCCUUCAUCGCCAUUAUCAGCAUCACGCCACUUUCGUAGCUCACCUGAUUCCUUUGAAUGCUUUCCAAGUAGCAGCCCAUGUAGGAUACGAGAUACUUUUAGAGAAGUAGAAUGCUCUGUUCCUUUUACUGAGAAAUUAUCAUUACCUACAACUCGUUGUCGUUCACCGGAUUCUUUUUCUUGUUUUCCUGACAGCAGUCCUAAGUUCAGCUCCAAAUCCCCAACACUGUCCCCUUCAAACUCUGAUUACUCUAGUUCAUUUACCUUUUCACCAUCAUCUUCUAAUUGGUCGGACUUGUCAUGUUUGUCUUCUCAACAGCCUUCACCUUCUGGCUUGGAAUCUACGGAUCCAUCUUAUAUUAAGAAUAUUUCUUUGGCAGAUAACUCAAGCUUACUUUUCAAAAAAUCUCCUUCUUCACCUGAAGAGACAUUUUCUGCUAAUUUUACUUUGGAAGUGGCAAAUUCAUGUUUGCCAUGUAAAGGGAAUUCCCCCUCUCUUGCAGAGCGCAGAGGGAGUAAUCCUCCACCUCGAAUGUUGGUACCAUCAGUGGAUGAAUCGCCUGAAGUUCCGAGGAAUUUGGUACGAUCAUGGUCCUUCUCUUUACCUGACAUGGGCGAUGAUGCGAUGGACUCUGAUUGCAACCAAUCUGAAAAUGAGAGCAACAGAGAAGAGCAAAUGUUAGAUGUGGACAUUAGUAACCCUGAAAAGGAAUUGCAAUGUGAAAUGAUCAGCCAAGCUGCAGAAGUGAUCAACCCAGUUUUGUACCGUAGGGCACAGCUUCCUUGA